AACUCCCACCUGGCGCACAAGCUCGAGCAAUAACAUCUUUGCAGCCCACACCAAAUAGUGAAAUCGUAACUCUAUAAUGAAUUUUCUUCACGCUAGUACUUAUCCCGAAGUGCAAGUGAUGAUAUACUCGGUUCUGAGGUGAAGGACCAAGCUCUUUACGUCAGGCAUCUUUGUGGGCCGAAUGCGUGCGGUAUCAACGGACUCUUUUACUCCAACACGCGACCAUUUUGACGCUUUAGCGGACAAAUGCCCAAAAAUUGCGUAGUUGUCGUAACUGGGUGCUCUACUGGAGGCAUAGGUUUUGCAUUAUGCGAGCGAUUUGCUCAGCAGGGAUGCAAGGUCUAUGCCACCUCGCGAAAUGUGGAGACCAUGCAAGGAUUCAAGGAUCCCAAUGGCAUUGAAAUCCUUGCCUUGGAUGUCACGAGCGAUGAAGACGUUCAGCGAGUUAUUCAGCACAUAUCCGAUACGGAGGGUAGAGUCGACAUAGUGGUCAACAAUGCAGCAACCCCAGCUAUUGGCCCUCUGAUUGACCAGUCCAUGGAAAUAAUCAAGCGCACUUAUAAUACCAACACAUUUUCCGUCAUACGCAUGUGCAAGACUGUCAUUCCCAUCAUGGCAAAGCGACACAGUGGACUUAUCGUGAAUAUAGGUUCCAUCGUUGGAGAAAUUCCAACACCCUGGCAUGGAGCAUAUUCAUCUUCCAAAGCAGCAGUCCAGAACAUAAGCGAAGUGCUCUCAAUGGAGUGUCGUCCGCUUGGAAUAAAUGUUAUGCACGUGGCUCCUGGUUCUGUCACGUCCAACUUUUCCAGAAAUCAGGAGAAAUGGUUCAGCUUGCCAGAGAAUACUCUAUAUGCCACAUUUCUUCCCAACAUCAUGGAGAGAAUGUAUGCCAGCCAGACCAAGUCGUCCAUGUCUAAUGAGGAGUUUGCCAAGCACAUUGUAGACAAGGCGUUGGCAAAGCCUCCUCCCUCCUACAUCUCCGUUGGAGGGAAUGCUUUACUCUUCUGGGUGUUCAAAUGGCUGCCGAGGGCAUGGGUGCUUGGGCUGUUAUGGAGGUUGUAUUCAAAGAAGGAAUAAUAGUCAACGCGUUGUUGAUUUCGAUAGUUUAGUUAUUGAUAUAACUAUGCGAUUUCUUCAAGCGUAGCGAGCGGCCUUGUACAAAGCGAAGCAGUCUCCAUGCUUCAAGCUGGAAACCAAUAUGCCUUGUGUGUACAUUUGCGUAUAUAGAUUACAAGUGAUGGAUGAGUGCGUAUUAUGAGUAGAUAUGCGACAAGAGUUCGAGGACUUGCAGA